AUGUACAAGACUACAUAAAACUGUUCCUACGCAGGUAACUAAAUGAAAAUUCACAAUAGAUUUGAUAUUUAGAUAAGGUAUAUUGGAUAAUUUUAGAUCUACAAUAACAAUUGAUAAGGAAAACUCUAAUGCUUAAUUGCCGGAAAAGAAGUAGUAUUAGAAUAGGGAGAGCAGCAACUCAAGUCAAUAAAAAUAUGAAAAUCGCUCAAAUAGUGGAUUAUUUAAAUCUGCAUCGCUUUAAUAAUUCUAUCGUGCUUAAUCCGCUGUUGAGAAAAAUUCAUAAUAAAAUUAGAAAGUAAAUCAAUAACAAAUUAAUGAUACGAAAAAUGUUUCAUAUUUCACGUUGUUAUAACAAAGUGGCUAUAAAUUGAGACAUAAUUAUACAAAAUCAACAAAAGAACAAAAUAAUAAAUGGAUAGAUUAUUUAUUAAAUGAGAGUCAAAGAUAAAAACCUUCAGAAAGUUAGUCUUAAAAGAAUUUGAAUGAGAAAUUGGAAAAUUUAGAAAAAAAAUUUAAUCGGUUAAAGGAUUCAUUUGCUAAUGUGAGUGAAAAUUAAUAAGAUAAGCAAACAAAUAGAAUUAAAUAAAAAUAGUAUUCUAUGGUAUCUAAAUACUUCCCUUAGAAAUUAGUUUAAUAAUAAAAGAAUGCUAGUUAAGAAGAGAGGAAAGUUACUAAAGAUAUUUAAUCAAUCUUCAAUAUUUAUGCAUAAAUCAAGGAUCUAAACAGUUAUACUUCAAAUUCUUAAUUAUUAAAACAAUCCUAAGUCAAAAAGACUGGAUAACUGUAAGAUUUUGUGACUUAAAUUAAAGGAAAUUUAAAUAAGAAUUCUUAAUUAUUAAAGGGUUCUCAUGUACAUUCACCAAGCUCCACUUUAAAUAAAUCAGAUCGAUAAUAAUCUAUGGAUUCCAGAUUUGUUUUUUUGAAGAAGAUGAGUGAUACUUAACCAAAUGAGCCUGUAAGCAUUUUAGCUUAUCUAGUUCUUGUACUAUAUUUCAACUGUACUCUAAGCUAUAAAAAGUAAGAAACCUACUGAAAUUGAUGAACUUGUUACAGAUCAUUUUUUACAAACAUAUCAAGUGAAUUUAGUAUUAAUUAUUGUAGGGAUUACUUUAUGCAAGUAGAUCUUAGGUGCAAUUUGAUCCAGAUAAGGUUACCUUCUUGCCGAAAUCCACUAAUCUAAAAACUAUAGUGUUUGAUUUGGAUGAGACAUUAAUUCAUUGCAACCAGAACACAUCAAUUCCUGGAGAUAUCACAAUACCCAUCACUUUUCCAAACAAUGAAACAAUUUAGGCUUCUAUUAAUAUUAGACCUUAUGCAAAAUAAAUCCUUUAAACUCUUUCAAGGGAUUUUGAAAUUGUUAUUUUUACAGCUUCUCAUUCUUGUUACGCCAAUGUUGUUAUUGAUUAUUUGGAUCCAAAAAAAGAAUGGGUUUCAUAUCGAUUAUUCAGGGAGCAUUGCAUAUAAACAAAGGAGGGAGCCUACAUUAAAGAUUUAAGGUAAAUCCUAUUUAUUUUUAGAGUAUUAGGAAAUCGAAAACUAUCUAAUAUUUUGUUAGUAGACAAUGCUUCCUAUUCAUUUAACAAAUAAAUUGACAAUGGAAUUCCAAUAAUUUCUUAUUACGAUAAUAAAGAGGACUAGGUAAUUUAAAUAUUGAUAUAUAGGAAUUAUUGCAUUUGGAAAACUAUUUAUUGAAUUUCAGGAAUGUUAAAGAUGUUAGAGAUUUAAAUUAAAAAUAAUUAAAAUUAAAAUAGUUAUUAGAUUAUUCUGAUUUUGAUGAUUUGUAAAAUAAUUUAUAUAAUAUUUACUUUUGA